AUGAAUGUUUUCGCCUCCAUCUCCUUGUCGGAACAGCUACUACCACCGCAGCUACUCUACCAAGGGAAGACAGACGCGUGUCACCCGAAGUUCAGCUUUCCCAGCGAGUGGGACAUCUACCACAGUGAGAGUCACUGUUCAAACGUGGACACCAUGCACUGGUAUGCUGACACCAUCCUGAUCCCGUACAUGGAAGCACAGAGGGAGGCCCUCGGACUAGACGCCGAACAGCCCGGGCUCGCGAUCUUCGACGUGUUCAAGGCCCAUCGGAACCAAGCACUACUGGAGAAGCUCAAGCAGCACAACAUCCUCGCGGUCUUCGUGCCAGCCAGCUGCACUGGCGAGUUGCAGCCCCUGGACUGCGAUGGGGGAGUAAACUACGUCCUGAAGAAAGAACUCCGGCAGAGAUUCAUCACCUACUACGCCGAGAGCUUCACCGCCGAGCACAGGGAAGACCGCGACCUGGAAUCCGUAACCGUGGACUUGAAGCUGUCCAAGAUGAAGUGCUGGGAGCAAUGGACAGUAUCGCGAACAACACAGAGUCCAUCCUCCGGGGCUGGGAGCGAACAGGAAUCCGUGCAGCGGUGGACAAGGGCCGGGUGUAAGUUCUUCUUUUCCUAA